GAUAGUGGGGUGACGUUGAUAUCGCCCAAUUCACCUGACUUUUGUCAAAUCUUGAAGUUGAGUACGAGUCAUAGGUACGAGUCGACUUCAGUAGAAUUCAAUUUCAUUAGUUUCACGUGAUCUGGGAAAAGUGGUUCUGCAAACAAAUUAACAAGUUGUUUCUGAGAAAAUGGGCCUGCAGAGGAACUUAGUGUUGGUUGUCAGUUGUGCAUUUUUGCUCAGUGUCUGUGCAGCUGAGUUUGUGCCUGUGUAUAUCUGGGGUACCCGCAGUGCUGGUGAACCAGUUCCAGCCUUGCACAAAAUCAGUCAAAGUUCCUUUAAAGAUGAAGUAGCGAACAAAUUGAGGGCCAAUUCACGAAUAAUUGUUUUUGCAGAGCAUUCGUUGAGUCCUGAAGAUUUCGGACAACGCGACAGAUCGGGAGAUCUAGCAUUCCCUAAUCUCUCCAAGCUGCGAAAAACUUCGAAAGUGACUUAUCUUUCAUAUGUACAAAAUCCAGUUAAAGCCAUCCAACUUGCAUCAGACGAUGUGGCUGAAAUCUCUAUUGAAAGACUGAGAGAAAACUUCGAAAUCCCAGAUUCAAAAAUUGUGAUCAUCGAUUUAAAUGAUGCUGAUGAGAACGAAAGGCGAUUUGAUAUGCUUAAAAGACACGAUGAUUUCAUUGCUUCCCUUUAUAGUAGUGUUUUGGAGAAGAACGAAAACGUUCUUGCGCUUUAUACCGCACACCAUGCAUCAUGGUUUUCAAUUUACCAAAUCCGGCAACUCUUAUUGGUAUCUACAGGAUAUACAUUUGACGGUAAAUAAUACCUCAUUCAAUCAAACAACCAACGGAACUAUUUAUGCCCCAUUGGGAUUCUCUUACGCGUGUGGCAAUCAAGUUUUCAAAUCUACAAAUCUAGCUGUUACAUUCCCACAAUUCCAAGUUCAACCAACGUCCUACAGAUCGACUCCCAGGACCAGGUCAUCUAAAUUUGAUGAUCCUUAUAAUUGUGUUGGUUUUACCACUAUUCCAAUUUGGUCUGGGCUUUUCGUAACCUUUAUUUUGUUACUGAUUAUGACCUUUGGAAUAACAAUGAUGAUGGAUAUCAAAACCAUGGACAGAUUUGAUGAUGCCAAAGGCAAAACAAUUACUAUUAACACUUCCGAAUAAACGUCUGAAUAAAAACAGUUAAAUGUUAAACAUUCUGCAGCAAAAUAAUAUACCAGUAUUAUGUGAAAAAUAAUGGUGUCUUCGAAAAUGUCCUACUCAAAUUUGGCACUUCAUUUUGAGGAAUUAAUAUUUUUAGAUAAUUGGUCCCAUAAAUACAAACAAUAAUAAUGCUCAAUUAUUAGGUGGUAUACCAAUUUUAAUUACCAGUAAAAUUUGGUGUGUAAGGACCAUGUUAUCACGUAAAGAAAGCCUUCCUUUAUUACCUAAACGCUUAAGGGCGGCCUGCUCUUGUGAUACCUAAGCUUUCUUUACUAUGCGCCACCCUUAACUCUUGUCAGGCGAUAAAACAGGCCUAACUGCCUAUAUACUAUUAACUGUUUUCUUUCUAUAUCCCCUGGACUUAACCGUACCCCUCUCAUUCCAUUUCUUCUUGAGAAUUUAUUAAAUGUUAAUUAGGUCAUAUGUUCAAACAGUUAUGCCUUAAGCCCGUGUCCCAUGCAUCAGUUUAUACGAUGGUACGAUGAUACGAAAGUGUUUCUCCAACCAAUAGAAACACUUUCGUACCAUCGUAUAAACUGAUGCAUGGGACACAGCCUUUAUUGUACAAUGUUUACACGUUGAAUCGAAAGAUAUAAUUAAUAAAGUACAUAACUGUUUGAUGAUUCCAAGAUGCUUUAGAUAGAUGUUAAAUGUGAAUACACGACUUAGAAAUUUGAUGUGCUCUUAAAAACAUCGUAUGUUUGAUACAACAUGACUUUAAACGAAUUAUUUUGUCCAGAAGAUUUAGAAAAUCAAAUUAUAUUAUACAUCUAUUAUGACAAUAGUAUUUUUAUUAUAUUUUGGAUCUAUAUUAACUAGAAACUGUUGGUAUAGUUGUAGAGCAACAUUGUUACAUCUGUAGUCUUGACGUUGUUAAAAUGUUUCUAUUUUGUGCUUUAGGCCUACUUUUACACCUUAGGUCUGCACUUGAAACGAAAAGAACUUAUUUUGUAGAAAUGUAUCUGAUGUGUUGAUUAAUUUGUACAUUUAGUCAGAUAUAUACAUAAUAGAAUUCGUUAGUGUUAUUUUAGUUCAAAUUUAUUUCUAGCAUUUUUGCUAAAUAUUAUUAAUCUUUUAUUUGUGUUCGUGAAACCGAAACCAAAUAUUUUUUCCUGUAUGUAAAUAUUUUUCAAUUGUAAAUUUCAGACAUGGGUGAUGGGUUAAAACUGAUUAUUUGUAUAGGUUGCUACUUAUAUGUUUUAUCGGUUUGUUAAUCAGACAAUUGUAGUAUUCUGUGUCAUUACAAUAAAAAAUCAAUCAACACUU